CGAAGGAAUUUAUGUCUCUUCAAUAUCCUACUUACGCCCUCCAAGACAGCAUCCCGGACUUGAACUCUGCGUAAUCUCACGACCCGGUUGCGAGGCACGUGGGUAUUAAAAGUCUCAUACCACCAAGCACAAGGCAACCUUCUCCAGCAUAGAACACACCAAAGGAAAUUCAGCCACCAUGGUCCGUCACAAAAAGGACCUCGCCGGCAAGGGCGGCCGCCACAAACCACGAACUCACGCCCAGCACACGCAUCCCGAGCGCGAGGAUGGCCUAGGCGCACAUAAACGGCCCGCCUUCAAAGCCGCAGCAUGGGAUCUCAACCACUGCGACGCCAAACGCUGUUCCGGCAAACGGCUCAUGCGGCUGGGCCUGAUGCGCGAAUUGCACGUCGGACAGAAGCACGCGGGCGUCGUAAUCAGCCCCAAAGCGAAGAGCCUCGUCAGUCCGGCGGAUCGGGGCAUUCUCGAACAAUACGGCGCGGCCGUGGUCGAGGCGAGUUGGAAUCGGAUCGAGGAAGUCCCAUGGCCGCGAAUUGGAGGCGUCAAUGCGCGCUUGCUGCCAUAUCUAAUCGCGGCGAAUCCGACAAAUUAUGGGCGGCCAUGGCGGUUGAAUUGUGUGGAGGCGCUGGCGGCGUGUUUUGCCAUUUGUGGACAUUUGGAGUGGGCGGAGGAGAUUCUGAGUACGUUCUCAUAUGGGCAGAGUUUCCUCGAUAUCAACUCCGAGGUGCUAGAGAUUUAUUCAAAAUGCGAGGACGAGGCGGCGGUGAAGAAGGCAGAGGAGGAAUGGUUGGCAAAGAUUGAGAAUGAAUGGCGUGAGGAUCGGGAGAAGAGGGUGGAGAAUGAGGACGAUGCGUGGCGAGGUGGAAAUAUGAAUCGGCGCCAGCCUAUAGUGGGCAACGAUUUGGAAGGGAGUGAUGAGGAGGAGGAGGACGAUGACGACGAUGGCGAGGGCAGUGAAACGAGCAGCCUCGGAGGCAUUCAACUCGGCGGACCCAAACCCGGCGAGAAGCCCACCGCUGGAAACGAGGACGAAGACGAGGAUGACGACGAGCACGAUCCCUACGGCCUCCCACCCGCUGAUGACGACGAGGAAGAAAUGGCCGAACUCCGCCGCCGCGUCCUCGCCUCCAAACCCUUCACCAACCCCACCCCAGACACAUCUAAGCCUGCACCCGAACGAGUCUCGCGACCCGUGGACUCGACUGCUCUACCCACGGAUUCAGACGCGGAAUCCGGCUCAGAUAUCGGUGACGAGGACCAGAAUGCAGAAGACGACGAGUUCGACAAUAUCAUGAACGCUGCGCCGGUGACCGAUCGUGCGGGCAUCACGGCAGCGCAGCGAAAGCGAGCGAUGGAGAAAGCUGGAAAACUGUCCGCGACGUUCUCGCGGGCGGUGGUGACGGCGCCGGGAAAAUGGCCACCUUGAUUGUUUGAUUGACGAGCCGUAUCGAGAAGUCGCUAUAAAUUAGAUGGAUUCGACUUGGAAUGGUCAAAAAUGAAGAUAAUUAAUAGAGUCUGAAAUCACGACGAGAAGAGGGUUGAUAGUCGUGUUAUGGCGAAUUUGCGUCACUCUUGCGGUGGGAUGGGACUCUCCUCCGCACUCGUAAUCCUACAUAGUGUCCACCGCUCGGGCUUCAUCAUAGUCCCAGCCCGAAAGAGAAGAUCGAGGCGGUGGAUAUGAGAUCGGAGAAAUCUGAGAAGCACCUGACGCGGGACACAUCGUGAAGCAUAAUGUAGGCAUUUCCAUGAAAAUCGAACAUAUAUCUGAUCUAUGAACAGU